CAUGUAUGUGUAGGCGCUAGCUUGCUAUCUUCAGUUGACGGACGAACGUGUACACACGUACGUGGUAAUAUUGUUGUAUUGUUGAAAUAAUUGUCAUUUAACUCGUGAAAAUUCGAAGGAAAGGACGUCAUUUGAACUCAUUCAUCAUGUUCACCUGGCUAAACAACGAUGAAAGCCGGCGCAAGCAGCCGCAGGUUUUUAACAAUGUUUUGGAUGGACUCAAAGAUAUGUAUAAAAAAGUGAUCUUCCCUCUCGAAGAUGAAUAUCGCUUCAGCGAGUUCCACUCACCGUCUCUUGACGAGGCAGAUUUCACAGCCAAGCCUAUGAUCCUCCUUGUUGGCCAGUACUCAACGGGUAAGACCACUUUUAUCAGGUAUCUGUUAGAGCAAGAAUUCCCUGGUAUGAGAGUUGGUCCAGAGCCCACCACAGACCGAUUCAUCGCAGUGAUGAAAGGCGAAACAGACCAGGUGAUACCAGGGAAUGCGCUCGUCGUUGAUCCAAAACGCCAAUUUCGCAAGAUGUCAAAGUUUGGCAAUGCAUUCCUCAAUCGUUUCCAAUGCUCACUGACCAAUUGCCCGGUACUCGACAGUAUCACCAUCAUAGACACACCUGGUAUUUUAUCAGGAGAAAAGCAGAGACUUGAUCGUGGCUAUGAUUUUGUGAACGUGUUGGAAUGGUUUGCAGAACGUGCAGACAGGAUCAUUCUCCUAUUUGAUGCACAUAAACUUGAUAUUUCUGAUGAGUUUAGGAGAUGUAUUGAGGCAAUAAAAUCGCAAGAUGAGAAGAUUCGCAUUGUCUUGAAUAAGUCGGACAUGAUCACCCAUCAGCAAUUGAUGAGGGUGUAUGGGGCCCUUAUGUGGUCUCUUGGCAAGGUGAUCAAUACUCCAGAGGUUUCGAGAGUGUACAUCGGCUCAUUUUGGAAUAAGCCGCUGCACCAUGAUAUGAAUAGAAAGCUGUUUGAGGCAGAGGAAGUUGAUCUCUUCAGUGAUCUUCAGAGUCUUCCCCGGAAUGCAGCCCUGAGGAAACUCAACGAUCUCAUCAAGAGAGCAAGGCUAGCAAAAGUCCAUGCCUAUGUGAUGAGCAUUCUGAAACGCGACAUGCCAUCCAUGUUUGGCAAGGAUGCCAAGAAGAAAGAGCUGAUCAACAACCUACCUGAAGUAUACAAGGAGGUAGAGCGAACCUACCAGAUCUCACCAGGGGAUUUCCCCUCUCUCAGUCGCAUGCGGGAAGUCCUGAAGGAUAUGGAUUUCACCAAGUUCCACACCCUCAAGCCACGCAUGAUUGAGAAGGUGGAUCUUAUGUUGAGCAACGACAUGACCCGUCUCAUGCAGAUGAUCCCUACCGAAGAGGCUCUGGAUAAGAAGCAGCUCAUCAGGGGCGGAGCUUUCGUCGCGGACGAGGCUGGUCCAUUCGGCAUGGGAUACGGAGAGGGUGCAGACUUCGGCAAGAAUGAGAUCCAGACGUGGGUAGUGGAAGAUAAGAUGGAUGAAUAUGAGAAGGUCUUCAAUUCCCUAGGUCCCAUCGAGAAUAAGGUCUCUGGUACCGUGGCCAAGAAGCACAUGAUCAAAUCCAAGCUGCCCAACAUUUCACUCGGUAGGAUAUGGAAGCUGGCUGAUGUGGACCGAGAUGGUAUGCUGGACAGAGAGGAGUUUGGUCUGUGCUUACAUCUCAUAUCUAUCAAAGUAGAGGGGCAUGAACUUCCCUCAGAGCUACCAUGGCAUUUGGUACCCCCAAGUAAAAGGGGAUUCAGUGGUCACGAUCCACAAUGAUUAAUUGGGUUAUAGUAAUACUAAUUUACAUUGCAACAGUACAUUGUACAUACCUAAUUACAUAAGGAUAGAAAAAAGAUAUAUAAGAUAAAAGUUAAUUCUCUUUUAAGAGUGUGCACGUUUCUGAGUAGAUUGAUUUGUAAGUUCAAAGCUCCCUUCAAUUAAAGACAAAAUUAACUCUAAAAUAAACUAACAAUCCAACAUUAUAAUACAAUAUAUCCUGAUCCUUGUAUGAUGAAGUCCAGUUUCCCAUGUAAGUUGAGCUCACUUAGAACUGAAAGUAAAGGGAGUAUAGGGGGAACAUUUGGUAUUCCCAACAUAAGUAGCAUUUGAUAUCAAAUGAAAGUACACUUAGUUCCUGUUAGUACUUCCUCUUAAUUAAUUUGUUUUGGUCUCACCCACAUAAAGUAGUUUGAUGCUCAGUGUCUUUUUCUGCUAUCCCUGUGAACUUCCCCUGUAUGUCUACGUGCAACGAUAUAAUGUACAAUGUCUAAUGUAUCUGUAAUUCAAUUUCAGAUACCCGUUCAACUAUUUUCCAUAUUUGAAAUAUGUGGUAGUAGGAUGAUUGAAAGAGUUAAAGGAGUUUUGGUGUUUACCUACAUGUAAUGAAUGUUUGAAUUGUGCAAGAAGGUAUUAAGGUACAGUGAAAAGUUCAUCUCAAGUAAAACUGUGUCUACAUGUGUUUCUAUUGUAACCAUGUGUGAAGAUUGUACUUUGUACUUUUUUCGUUCCCAAAGACCAGGAGUAGUACUACAUGUUGUAAUGGAUAUUUACCAUAUCUUAUCGUCAUUGUACACCUUUGGGGCAGUAACAAUGCUGUAUUUCCCAAGUAUCAUGCCUGUGCUUCAUGUAUGAAAUUGAUCAUGUGUGUACAUACUGAGAUCAAAACAGGUCUGUGAACAUUGCAAAUCCUGUAGUCAAUACCCUCUUCUUUUCUGCUUUAGAUAAGAAGCUUACAAAUGUGACAAUGUCAAUGAACUCACAUGCAUACAUGCCUGUACAAUUUGUACUUGUACAAGCCACACAGAGGUUUUAUGUCCUUUUAGGAUGCAAGUGUUUGUAUUCUGACAAUUUUGAUUUGAACUUCACAAUCUAUUUGAGAAGUUCUCAACAUAUGACAUUUGACUUUCAUUUUGCGUACCGCUAUAUUGAAAAUCAAGACUUUCUAUAUGAUCAAAUAUAUCUUAUCAAAUGAGAAAGAACAUCCCAGGAUAGAAAAUAUUCAUUGCUGCACUAAAAACAUACUACAUGUACAGUACAUGUACUUUUGUACAUGUACAUUUAUCUUAAAAUACCAUCACUAUCCUUCUUUCUAUUUAUACAUGUGCAUGUUUGUUAGGAUUCUACACCCUUGUUUGAGCAAAACCCAUAUUUCAGAAUUUGAAUUAUGACUUGACAACUGCUACUGUACAAUGUACAUAGCUGUACAAUGGGUGCACUUCUUUUUAUUGGUAGCAUUUGAACUCAGUGAUCUAUUUACAAAUUAAAUGGAAUACACAUGUACAUUCUAUGACUUUUUAUUGUUUCCUCAAUCAUAAUCGGCUCAAGGUUUGUACAUCAGUGCAGUUAGAUUGUAUUUCAUUAUCUUGCAAAAUGAAGGACAGAUACUGUAAUUUUUGCCAAGCCACACAGAUACAGAAAGACUAGGAAAUGAUACUUUUUCAUACUUUGUUGGUCUCUUUCCAAAUCCUUGUAGUAUGAAUACGAUUGUUAGUCUGACCAUACUCUGGUACAUGUUACAAAAACUACAGAAUUAUAUUUGUAUAAUAAUUUCACUUUGUAAUACCGGUACACUUCUACAUGUACAUGUAGCUUGGGGUUUGACAAUCUGAUGGCAGUGUUGCGAGUAGCUCUUUACAGUUAAAAUUUGUUCUAGUAUUGGUUUUCUUUUCUUUUCUUUUCAAAGCGAUAUUGCAAACAUGAUACGUAUUUAUAGGCCAAAAUAUUGACAUCUAAUACAUACAGACAUACAUCAUUAACUACAUGUAUGUUAAUUAUUAGUGCGAAUUUAAAAAUGGCAGUGAAUUGAACUUCAUGACAUGUUGUACUUGUUUAAAAGAAAGUGCCAAGACUCUUCCAGUUCAAAUACUUGUAUAUUAUGUAAUGAGCAGUGAUGUAUGAUCAAUUAUGUUGAUACAUGUACCGGGGUACAUGGUGAUAAAAAGACAACAUGAAACAUGUACCUUGAUGCUGGCUGAUUUUCAUACAGUACGAUACAAUAUGGCACAAGUGUUAACUACACGUACAUGUACAUGUAUAUUUAUUGUAUAGUUCAGUGGAGUUGCCUUCAUGUCAGUUUCAGUUUCAUGUGAUUCAUUCAUUGCCAUUGUAAAACAAACAUGGCUGGUGCAUGCAGUGGUUUAUCCUCAACUAUUGACAGUUUAACACAACACUAUUUUAACAUUGGCAACUCUCGCACUGUGUGCUUCAAAGUUCAUAUUGUAAGAAUUUUUAAAAUCAAUAUUUGCUUUUUAAUCUAUAAAAGAAUAUUAGUUGCUUCCAACACUGUAUGUAUCUUUACUCUAUGUAUAUUAUAUUGAGUUGUAUUGCAUGUAAUGUAGCUGUGUGGGUGUGUCAUCAAAUUGUUUUUUCUUUAUACCAGCAGAUAUAAAAUGUUAAUGAGAUUGCCAUCAUAGUCUGUUAUAUCCAGACAUUUAAUUGAUGAUUAUAUGCCGUUGAAUACAAUGUCAUGGUAUUUGACAGUUAUUAGGCCAUUAUUACAGCCACUACAUGUGGUGCAGUGACUGUAAUUGUUACCAAAGUACUAGUGAUUGUGUAUAAAAACUUAUAGUAAGCCAAAUUCCUAUCUAUCUAUUUUGUAUAAUGUACACAGAGUUUUGUUAUGUGAGUCAUAGUGUAUAGUUCAUGACUCAUAAAAUAAUUAUUGUAACAUGAUACAUUUACUACUGCAUUUAUUUCAUCAUCAGCUUUUCAAGAUAACAUACUAAGAUAACCAUCCUGUUAUUCACAAGUACUUCAAGUUAUUCUUUAUUACAUGUAGUAGCUCGAUUGUUACCAAAAUUGGUACAUUUCGUGUAGAAGAAUAUUCAAGAUGAUCUGUGAAACUCUGAAGAUUGCAGUAUACAGUUAUCAUUAGAGUUAUUGACAUUUUAAGAAAGAAUGUGCUUGCUUGGUAUGGAGGUUUUCUUGUUUGAUGGCUUUUCUUCUUCAUUUAUGAUGUACAUGUAUGUAUGUGCACUCUUUUCCAAUGUACUCUAGAGAUGAUAAUAUAAACAAUUCAGGUUUUUUCAGUGGUGAAUUAAUGAUCUACACUGGUAAUGUUGAAGAAGGAAUAAUGUAUUGUUGGUUGAGCUGUUAAAUAUAUGUACAUAAAGUGUAUGUACAAAGAUUUCAUGUUCUCAUACACAAUUUCACAUGUUUUUAAACAGUGUUUUCACUGGCCAUACCAUAUUUUUCAUUUUUUUUUCUUUUUUAGGAAUUUUGCCCUGGUCUAAUAGAUUUUGUAUAUUUUGAAAUUUGCUUGCAUUUAAAUUAUAACAGAAGUCUUUGAAUGUCUGAAAUACUAAAAAUGCUGAAGCAGUUGCAUAAUAUACAUGUAUAUCCCCUCCCCUAUCUUUAUUCAUAUUUUAUUAAAAUUAGAAUGCUAUUUGUUAAAUUGGUUGUAAAUGUUGAUUGGAGAUGUAGAUUAAUUAUGUUUUUUAUAUAACAUUGCAGCAAUGAUAUGGGGUCACUGUAUAUCACUCAUUUGAUUUGAUUUUCUUCAAUUAUAACUGCUGCAUGUAGGCAUAUUGGGAUCAUUUGUACACUGUACAAAGGUGGAUCAUGACUGAAACAUUCUCUUGUUUCACAAGUCAAGGUUCAAACUUCAAAGUAAACCUAUUUGAGCAGUAGAAUGGAUUGUUAAACCAGGCAUUUUUCAAUAUAUUGCUUCUUUAGCAGGAAACAUAUGGAGCCAUGAGGUAAUAGGAAAAUUUUCUGUGUGUUCCGACAACUUACAAAGUCAAGCAAAGUCAUUUUAAAAAAUGAAUAAUUUUGAACUUUUUUAUGAGAAGAAAGAAGAAAAAAAAAACCUGAAUGUGUAGACACUUCACAAGUUCAAAGAAAGAUAAAUUGCACAUUAUAUCUUAGAAAUGCAGAUGCAGAAAAUUUUAUGUUGAUAUCACUUGUGAGAAAUUGUUCUCAUUAUAGUGGCAUGAAGCGAAGUUCAUUCAGCAUCUGCUUGCCAUUUAUAGUUUGUAGAGGUAAUAGAGGAUUUGGUAUUUGUUUUUUAAAUAAAUGUCUGUAAUUGUCAAAAAGUGAAGCAUUAAAUCUUUAAGAAAGGAGAGUGCA